AUGCCUCCCAAUGCACCUGUCCCGGGGGCCAACGGCCUAGACUGGCCUGAUAAAAUCCUUGCGCAGAUCCCGGACCGUCGCAAUCAUGCCAAGUUCUGGGAAGAUGGUCUUAAUACCGGGGUGCGGGUGUUGGAGGAUGGUCGCCUGGACAUCAAAGUCCGUCAAGACGAACCUAACCUAGCAGGACUACUACACCAUCUCCAACAUCACCCGCAUGACCUCCCACCGCGACGAGAAUCCGUGAUCCCAUUCUCCGAGAAAGAGCGCAUUCACCCCCUUCACCUCAACAUCGUAAUCCACGUCGUUGGCUCGCGCGGAGAUGUCCAACCCUUUAUCGCACUAGGCAAAGAACUAAAACGACACGGCCAUCGCGUGCGCUUGGCCACCCACCUCGACUUCAAAGACUUUGUCAACGAAAAUGGCCUAGAAUUCUUCAGCAUCGGCGGAGAUCCAGGCGAACUGAUGGCAUUCAUGGUCAAGAAUCCAGGUCUUUUGCCGGACCUGCGCACCAUCCGCAGCGGCGCCAUCGCGAGACGACGACAGGAAAUGAAAGAAAUUUUCAGUGGAUGUUGGAGGUCAUGUCAUGAGAUGGGCGAUGGGACGGGUGAGCAACAGAUUAUAGAUAACCCGUGGAGUGAAACAGUAGACUACCGGAGUCGGCCGUUUGUGGCGGAUGCGAUUAUCGCGAAUCCGCCUAGUUAUGCGCAUAUUAGUUGCGCAGAGAAGAUGGGGGUUCCGUUGCAUUUGAUGUUUACAAUGCCCUGGUCUCCAACGCAAUACUUCCCCCACCCGCUCGCCCAGGUCCGCGCGCGCAACGCCAAACGCUCCGUCGCCAACUUCGCCUCUUACGCAAUCGUCGAAAUGAUGAUCUGGGAAGGCCUUGGAGAUCUAAUCAAUAAAUUCCGCAAACGCCUCCUAGGCCUAGACCCUCUAGAUGGCAGCCGAGCUCCAAGUCUAGUCCAUCGACUACGCAUCCCCUACUCAUACCUCUGGUCCCCUUCCCUCCUCCCCAAACCCGACGACUGGGGCGACAACAUCGACAUCUGCGGGUUCAGCUUCCUCUCUUCAGGAAGUGACUACCGUCCUCCCGAAGACCUGGAGCUAUUCCUCAACGAAGGCCCAGCACCGAUAUACAUCGGGUUCGGAUCGAUAGUCGUCGACGACGCAGCAAAAUUAACACGGAUAGUCUUCGACGCCGUCAAAGAAACUGGCCACCGUGCACUAGUCGCCAAGGGCUGGGGAAACAUCGGCUCCGAAGAAGUCGACGUCCCGGAUAACAUUUUCCUCAUCGGAAAUUGUCCCCACGACUGGCUAUUCAAGCAUGUAUCCUGCGUAAUCCACCACGGCGGCGCUGGAACCACAGCCGCCGGACUCGCACUCGGUCGACCAACAGUCGUCAUCCCGUUCUUCGGAGACCAGCAAUUCUGGGGAAGCAUCAUUGCUCGCGCUGGCGCAGGCCCGGAACCAGUACCCUGGAAAGGACUAACAACAGACAAGCUAAAAGACGCCAUCAACAAAGCCCUAGAAUCCUCAACACUCGAAAGAGCCAACGAAAUCGGCAAGAACAUGGAAUCCGAAAAUGGCGUCGCAAGCGCCGUACACUGCUUCUAUCGCCACUUAGAUCUAGAUAAUCUCCGCUGCUCGAUCUGUCCGAACAGACCCGCCGCAUGGCAAAUCCGGCACUCGGACAUACGGCUCAGUGCAUUCGCAGCAACGGUCUUAGUGGAAGCUGGUCUUCUCAAACCCUUCAACGUUGAACUAUAUCUCCCCCAAGAAUACGACACCCACCGCGACCCCAAAGGCCCCCUCUCCGCCGGCGCAGGAGUCCUCUACGGCGCCAUCUCCGCCUUCAUCGGUAACAUCCGCGACAUACCGACCGGUCUCGUCGGAUCUACACGCGAAGCAGGACAGAACCAAGCACGCGAUAACCUAGACGCGCAUGGCCCACAGCACCAGCCCGAAUUAGAACCAGAAGCACAAGCAGAACCGGAACCAGAACCCCGUCCAGGCCCCGAACAAUCCGAUACAGAUGCACCAUCAGCAGACCCAGAUGAACCAGAAGACAAUGCGAACGGGGAAGAUAUAACCCGUAAGCUCACGACAACAACCACUUCGGCCAAAGAAAAACGAAAAGAAAAAAGAGCAGAAGCCCUCUCCGACGCAGGCUACCGGGCAGGUCAAUGCGCGAAACACGUAAUCGACUGGGCGAUUAUGUUACCCGGCGACAUAACACUCAGUUUAUCAAAGGGCUUCCACAACGCACCGAAGUUAUACCAUGAUCGCACGGUCAAGAGGUUUCCGAAGGUCAUGGGGAUACGCAGUGGGUUUCGUGCUGCGGGGAGUGAAUUCACAAACGGCUUCUACCAAGGUCUAACGGGCCUAAUCACCCAACCGCACGCCGGCCUCCAACGCUCCGGUCCCACAGGCCUCCUCAAAGGCGUCGGAAAGGGUAUCGGGUGUGUAAUCUUCAAACCUGUAGCUGGUGUCUGGGGUCUAGCAGGCUAUCCGCUUGACGGGAUCCAUAAGAAUCUGCGUAAGUCGCUGUCGCGGAGCUCGACGAAGCAUUUUAUUGCGGCGAGGAUUGCGCAGGGGAUCGAGGAGAUGUGUGCUUCGGGGGCGGAGGAGAGGGCGGAGGUUAUUAGGGUCUGGCAUCAGAUGGAGGAUGGCGGACGUGUUUGA